AGCGUCCUCGACGGCCCAAACGGCCCCCCAAACCGCCCCAAGACGGUUCGUCGCCAUUUUGUUGAAGCCGUUUUCUUUUUCCGUAACUUCCGUCCGUUUUCUUUUCAAGUAUGGUUGUCGGACGAUUCCCCGUGGUGGCAUUGUUUGGCAUUUUGCCCGUGGCACGCAGCUGGAUUUCACCAGAGCCUACGCCAUGCGCGGAUGAUGAUGCUGGUGCGAUCGAGGUUGCAAAGGGCUUUGCCAUGAAGGUCAAUGGCUGUGCAGACGUGCGUGUCUAUUGCGACGAUCCGAAGCUUGGCAGUAUUGCACGCCAGGUGUGCCCUUUCACGUGUGGCGUCUGCCAGGUGGCAGGCUGCCUGGUGACCGAUGGCACGGAUCUGAGUUCCGCGUACCCGUGUGCUUGCGGAUCGAGGACAUGUUUCACAAACGUGCACUUUAGCCACAAGUCAGUGCCACACGUGCGUGGAUGAUGACGCCGAGGCGAUCAACAUUGCAAACGGCCUGGGCCUGAUCCUCAGUGGCUGUGCUGACGUGCAGUUCGAUGGCGUCGAUCUGGAGUGUGGAGUAUGGAGUAUCGAUCUGCGCGGGGCCUGCCCCGCAACGUGUGGCCUGUGCAAUGCAUCGCGUGCGCAGUCGCGGCGCUCAACUGUUCUCCUGGUCGUCCUCGCGUUGGUGCUCUCAUCUCACGCUUGGCCGUGGUGAAGCUCCUGUCAAGUCGUCCUGGCUUUCCUGGCGCCAGCGCCAUAUACAACGUCGCUGACGCCAUUGUACAUGUACAGGUAU